GAUUUGACCAUUUCGUUGAACAUCCCAACAGCCUCCUCCUCCAAAGCACACCUGCCAGUGGGCCCUCUGAGCUCAGCGCCACGGUGGAGUCGAAAGUAUGAUGUCGUUGUGUGCCACAGCUCGGCGGAAAUGGAUAUCCAAAAGGGGAAUCGUCUCGUCACUUUCCUGGAGGUGGCACCCCACUGCUUUCGAUGUUUUUUGCGUCUGAGAGAUUCUAUCCCAGGAGCUGCCAUCGCUACAGAGCUAAGCCAGGCCAUUCAGGACAGCCACUGCUAAGCACUGCUCAUCACGCCACACUUCAUACAGGAAGGCUGGUGCAAGUAUAUGAUGCAACAGUCAUUGGCGGCAGGGGCCGCUCGAACUAUACCUCUGAUUCAGAACCUGCCCCACGACCAGUAUCCCAAGGUGCUCCAGUGCGUUGUCUACAGCGGCAUCAGCACAAACCCUGACUGUGGCUACAAGUUGGUACACAAAUCUGUUCUAACCCUGCGAGACGAGGCCGCAGAGCGAGACGAGGCCGCAGAGCGAGACCGGGACAGGACGUUGCCGUCGGCCUACGCAGACGUGGGGACGGACCGGCCCUGCAUGCUGGCGACCUGUUGGGCGCAGGGGACGUCCGGGAGCCCGACCGUACCAGCACGGGUCAUGGCAAAGGACACGCAGGCCCUGCUGGACACCGGCAGUGUAUAUGACACAGGACCUCAUGAGGUGUGUUCCGGUAUAACAACAGGAAUGCACUGA